AUGCUUCUACUCGGUCUUCUUCUUUGUUUCGCGGUAAACAAUUUGAAUCUUCAAAUCUGUCAGGAAACUCCAAUUUCAGUCCUCGAAUGGCCUGUCACGUCUUCAGGAGAAAGCUCUUCUUGAGAAUCCCAGUAUUCCGAAUCGACUUCUGAAUCCGUCCUUCAAACAGUCCAUCGCCCAUAUCCUUCUGAAUCCGUUCGUCGAAAAUCCAGAAGAAGAGGAUCCGAUCGGGGCGCUCGCUCGGGAUUUGUACAAAAACUCCAACGGAUUCCAGUUCGUCGUCAGUGGAUAAAAUUCAUGAAAUUAUGAAGAAUAACAGGGUGUUCAGGAGUCGUCCGAGCUCGUCUCAGUGUGUUCGUCGAACUCUUCCGACGACUUUCCCGACCUGUUUCCCCGUUUUCUUUGCGGUCUCGUCUACGUGUACAAGGACGAAAACACGACGGCCCUUCCGUUUUCCCGUUUUCUCUUUGACAAUUCAGCGGCCGCCAUCCGAUCUCUGAACAGCAAGGACUAUUAUCCGUGCCAUUCCAUGAAUAUGACGGAUGUGGUCGCAUUGGUUCCCAAACGGAUUUACAGUGGAUGCAUCAGUGAUUCGGUCAGUUUGGAAGUCAGCUCCGCUGAACAUUUUCGUUGCAGGACCCUGGAAAUUUCAGUCAAUUCGACGCGGCAUUCGUGAUGGAUCAUCCGUUUCCGGACGUCAGAAAGUGUGUGGAGGGGGAAACGAAGCCGAGAUGCGAGUUGAGAUCGAUGAUUGUGCAGCAUCAAGUGCUCUUCCAACACGAAGACUGCUGCUGUGAAUCCGAUUCCUGCGCUAUUCUCGUUUAUUCGCAGAGGGAUUCACUGACUCCACUGAUUCUAACGACCGUCGAACUGAGCAAGAAGAAGCUAAUUGCUCCGAAACCGGUUCUGGGAGUGAAUUCGUCUUCCACGUCAUCUUCAGAAGAACCAACGACGUCUACUGCGUCUCAGACGACUGCUGGAUUACUGUCGACCAAUGGGACAACACAAUCUACGGUCUCUUCUACAACUCAAACCUUGAAUGGAACUACAUCUAGCUAA